AUGACGUUUGAUUUUUCAGUAUUCUUAAUCUUGUUACUAUGUCAUCCUAUAACAGUGUCAAAAGUGCCAAAAUUUGAUCCAGAGUGUAAUUAUAAUAUUACACAAUUGAUUCAAAAUCAAAGUCUUGCUUUUAUUCUUGCUGAUGUUGGUUAUGAUGUUUGGCUUGGUAAUAUACGUGGAAAUCGUUAUUCGCGUGCACAUGUUAAAUACAAUCCUAAUCAUGAUGAAGCUUUUUGGGAUUUUAGUUGA